CCCCCGUUCCCACAGUUUAAACUCGCGUCUCCCUUCCUCCCCGCAACCCACUUCCCGCCCGGGCUGCCUGGCUGCGGGGCGAGCUGCGGGUCGGUAAGUGCAGCCCGCCUGCCCAACGGCCCGGCCUACGCCACGGAAACCAGCUGUUAGUAACGGGCUGCAGCGCCAGUCAGGCGUGGCCCGGGCUUGGGGCGCAGCAGGCGGUUCGCUGCCGGCUCGGGCGGGAUCCCGGGCAAGGGGGUCCGGUCCGCCGGGCUGUGGCGGUCUGUCUUUUAAGCAUACAGCUGGAUUUGAUUUAUUCAAUUUGAGAGUAUCUUUUAACAGCUCCCAGGGCUAUUUCUGAGCAGUAGAGGUUAUAAGUACUCACUGAACAACCAGUUCCAAGUCCUGUCAUCAAAUCCUAUGCUCCUGUUCCAAAUGAUUACAGCUGUAUAUUUUUCAGUUUAAAGAAAUGAGUGUGACUAAUAUUGCACUAAGAGUUGAAACCUGGCUUUUAGCUACAUGGCAUGUUAAAGUACCUCUAAUGUGGUUGGAAGCUUGUGUUAACUGGAUUCAAGAAGAAAAUGAAAAUGUUAAUUUGAGUCAGGCACAAAUGAAUAAACAGGUGUUUGAGCAAUGGCUCCUUACCGAUCUGAGAGAUUUGGAGCAUCCUAUUUUACCUGAUAGCAUUUUAGAAGUUCCAAAAGGAGAACUGAAUGGAUUUUUCGCUCUGCAGAUUAAUUCAUUGGUUGAUGUAAGUCAACCUGCAUAUUCUCAGAUACAAAAAUUGAGAGGAAAGAAUAGUACAAAUGACCUAAUUACAGCUGAAACGCAAGUAACCCCAAAACCUUGGGAAGCAAAGCCUUCACGAAUGUUGAUGCUACAGUUGACUGAUGGGAUUGUACAAAUGCAGGGAAUGGAAUAUCAGCCUAUUCCAGCUCUUCAUAGUCAUCUUCCUCCAGGUACAAAAAUUUUGAUUUAUGGAAACAUUUCUUUCCGUCUUGGUGUUCUCUUAUUGAAACCAGAAAAUGUGAAGGUAUUGGGAGGAGAAGUGGAUGCUCUUUUAGAGGACUUUGCACAAGAAAAAGUACUUGGAAGAUUAAUUGGGGAAACUGAUCCUAUAGUUUCGAUCAUACCAAAUAAUUCUAACCAAAGCAUCCCCAGAAUUACAGAUGAUCGAGGUCUUGUGUUAGAGCCUUCUGAUGAAGAACUCUUGGCAAGUCUUGAUGAAAAUGAUGAGCUUGCAGCAAAUGACACCUCCUUGGAAAGAAGAUGUUUCAGCACAGGUAGUUCUUCAAAUACGAUUCCCACAAGACAGUCAGGUUUUGAACCAGGACUUGUUAUUUCUCCAAGACUCAAUGAAAAACCACCAAAUCAAUCUGUGCAUUUCACUGAUGGGGAAUUAGAUGACUUUUCAUUGGCUGAGGCCUUGCUUUUGGAAGAAGCUGUCCAGAAAGAACAAGUGGAGACUAAAGAAUUGCAGCCAUUGACUUUGAACAGAAUCACAGAUGAUAGUAUAGAGAGAUCUUUAGAUAAACCUAAUACUCCAAGUAAUUUUUCUUUGAUUUCCAAAAAUGGAAAUAAUUGGAAUGAAAAAAAUUUAUCUGAACAAAUGACUAAUGAAGACAAAUCUUUUAGUCGUCUAUCUCCUAGAGACCACAACAAUAGUGUGUUUUCAGUUAAUCGUAAUGUAUCCCUUCCCCAUAAUUUUACAAAUAAAGUUAAGCACUCAGAGACAGAUAAUAAAGUAAAACAAACCAUCGGCAGUUCAGAGGGACAUUCCUUAAAUAAUAAGAUAUUAAAUGGAGAAAUAGUCAGUUAUGUACCAGAAAGGAGUUCACAAAUUUCUAAUGAAAAUGAUCACCAUUUACAGAAUUGUUCUUUAAGAUCAUCAGAGAACAGCACUAAUCUUUUCAUUGCCAUGGAUUUGUAUUCUCCACCCUUUAUCUAUUUGUCUGUUCUAAUGGCCAACAAACCAAAGGAAGUUACAACAGUGAAAGUCAAAGCAUUUAUUGUAACCUUAACUGGAAAUCUCUCAAGUUCUGGUGGCAUUUGGAGUGUAACAGCAAAGAUUUCUGAUGGUACUGCAUAUCUAGAUGUAGACUUUGUAGAUGAAAUAAUUACUAGUCUGAUAGGGUUUUCAGUACUAGAAAUGAAAAAGUUAAAAAAGGAUCCUCUUCAGUAUCAAAAGUUCCUGGAAGGUUUGCAGAACUGUCAGAGAGAGCUAAUAGAUUUGUGCUGUCUAAUGACUAUUUCGUUUAAUCCCUCCUUGUCUAAAGUAAUGGUACUGGCAUUACAAGAUGUUAAUGCAGAACACCUUGAGAACCUAAAGAAGCGAUUGAAUAAAUAAUUUACUAAAAUAGUAUUAGAAAACAAAUAUUUAGAAUUAAAUUUGUCCUUUUAUUUUUGAAACUUUCUUUUUAUAAAAAGGAAUAAGGAAGUUUCAUGACUAAUUUCAAUUUCAUUUAAAAAUGUUUAAUCAUGUUUGUGUUUUUAGGUUUUUAAAAUAAAUUUUUUAUCACAAUUGUUAGAUGAAGGAAUUUGGUGACUACUGUUUUUGAGAAGUUUGUUUUCCGCGCAUAAGAUGACUGUUGGGGUGGCCAGUUAGCUCAGGUGGUUAGAGCACAAUGCUCAUAACACCAAGGUUGCCGGUUUGAUCCCCACAUGGUCCACUGUGAGCUGCGCCCUCCACAACUAGAUUGAAACAACUACUUGACUUGGAGCUGAUGGGUCCUGGAAAAAUACACUUAAAAUAAAUUUUUAAAAAAUUGCUGAAGUAUUAUACUGGUGUUUACUGAGUGUGUCAUAUUGUUGAAAGUUCACAAUUAUGAAUAGGUUAAGUACUCUAAUAUGUUGAGUACUCAAAAAGAUUUGUUUAUAUUAUACUUAGGAAAAUGUAAAUCCAGUAAAUCAGAAUGUCAGGUUUUUAGAUGCCAAUUGUUUUGCUGGUUUUUAUUUUGCUCUUGUAAAUGUCUGGCAUGUUUAAGUGAAAUAUUAUGUUAACAAAAUACCAUUUCAGAGAGUAUAUUGAAUGGUUAAAAAUUAUUCUUAGUUUCAAGGAUAAUUUAUUUUAAAAGGCUUAGUGAAAACUUCAUUAUUAAGGUGUGGUAAGUAUUUCAUUUUUUUUGGGCUAAAAUAAGGUAUUUAUCCAUGUCUUUAGGUGUUAUCCCCUUUCUGAAUUAGCUCUACAUGUAAGCCUCUCGUUCUUUUUUGGAAGUGCUGACUGUUUUUUC